AUGACCGAAACGAUAGCCUUCCAGCUCCCCCUCCGCGCGCCGGCGCCGCCGCCUCUUCUCCCCCACCUCCACCCCCACGCGCACUCCCCUCCCCGCCUCUUCUCCCCCACCUCCCUCCUCUCCUCCUCCCACCCCACCCCGACCUCCACCUCCCGCACUCCCCGCCUCGGCCGCCCACACGACCCCACCCGCCGGAGCACCACCGGCGGGCAACCAUGGAACCUGCCGCCCUCCCUCUCCCUCCCGGCGCGGCGCGCGCUCCAGUCCCUCCUAUCCAACCCCACCCACACCUCCCCACGCGACACCCUCGCCGCGCUCCCACCCGCCGACCUCCCCGCCGUACUCAUCGCCCUCGCCACCCGCGCCCACCCAUCCGUCGCGCUCGCCGCCCUCCACGCCGCGCGGGACCUCCACGGCGACCGCCUCCUCCACCACCCCCGCCUGCUCCCCACAGCCGUCCGCGUCCUCGCGCGCGCCGGCCGCCUCGCCGACGCCUCCGCGCUCCUCGACGCCGCGCCGGCGCCCGACGCCACCGCCUACACCUCCCUCCUCUCCGCGCUCUCCCGCGCCACCCGCUACCACGACGCCGUCGCGCUCUUCCGCCGCAUGCUGGCCAGCGGCGUGCAGCCCGCGCUCGUCACCUACAACGUCGUGCUCCACGCCUACUCCAAGACCGCCGCGCCCUGGAAGGACGUGCUGGCGCUCGUCGCCACCAUGAAGGCGAACAAACUCCCACUCGACAGGUACACCUACAACUCGCUCAUCAGCUGCUGCCGUCGCAGCGCGCUCCACAAGGAGGCAGCCAAGGUGUUCGACGAAAUGAAGGCUGCCGGGUUCGAGCCCGACAAGGUCACCUUCAACUCGCUGCUCGACGUGUACGGCAAGGCGCGGAUGCACGGCGAGGCGAUCGGCCUGCUCAGGGAGAUGGAGCGAGGGGGCUGUCCGCCCAGCGUCGUGUCCUACAACUCGCUCAUUUCCUCGCACGUGAAAAAUGGGCUGCUGGACGAGGCGGCGGCGCUCAAGGGGGAGAUGGAGGGUAAGGGGAUCGAGCCGGACGUCAUUACGUACACGACGCUGAUUUCUGGUCUCGACAGGGCUGGCAAAGUUGAUGCGGCGAUAGGGACAUACGAUGAAAUGCUGAGGAACGGGUGUAAGCCGAACCUGUGCACGUUCAACGCGUUGAUCAAGCUGCACGGGGUGAGGGGGAAGUUCCCGGAGAUGAUGGUUGUGUUUGAUGACCUCAGGUCUGCUGGAUUCGUGCCGGAUGUCGUGACCUGGAACACGCUCUUGGCCGUGUUCGGGCAGAAUGGGUUGGACACCGAGGUGUCGGGGGUAUUCAAGGAGAUGAAGAAAUCGGGUUAUGUUCCCGAGCGGGACACAUAUGUUUCGCUCAUUAGUUCGUAUAGUAGGUGUGGCUUGUUUGACCAAGCUAUGGUGAUAUAUAAGAGGAUGAUUGAAGCGGGCAUACAUCCUGACAUAUCGACAUAUAAUGCUGUUCUAUCUGCACUAGCUCGUGGUGGGCGUUGGGAGCAGGCGGAAAAGUUGUUUGCGGAGAUGGAGACUCUGAAUUGUAGGCCAGAUGAGCUUAGUUAUUCUUCACUGCUUCAUGCAUAUGCUAAUGCAAAGAAGCUGGACAAAAUGAAAGCUUUGUCAGAAGAUAUAUACGCAGAGAAGAUAGAGUCACACCACGGGCUAGUGAAAACAUUGGUACUGGUCAACAGCAAAGUAAAUAACUUACCCGAAACGGAGAAGGCGUUCCUGGAACUCAGGAGGAGGCGGGGCUCUCUGGAUAUCAACGUUCUAAACGCCAUGGUUUCUGUAUAUGGGAAAAAUAGGAUGGUUAAGAAGGUGGAGGAGAUUCUUUCACUCAUGAAGGGGAGUUCCAUUAACCUCAGCACCGCAACAUACAAUAGCCUGAUGCACAUGUAUUCUCGUUUGGGUGAUUGCGAAAAGUGUGAAAAUAUUCUCGCUGAGAUCAAGUCAAGUGGUUCACGCCCUGAUCGAUAUUCUUAUAACACUAUGAUCUAUGCAUAUGGAAGAAAAGGGCAGAUGAAAGAAGCCUCAAGAUUGUUCUCUGAGAUGAAAUCUUCAGGCCUGGUACCAGAUAUCGUAACAUACAAUAUCUUUGUUAAGAGUUAUGUGGCCAACUCGAUGUUUGAAGAAGCCAUUGAUUUAGUGCGCUAUAUGGUUACUCAUGGUUGCAAGCCCAAUGAGAGAACUUACAAUUCAAUACUACAGGAGUACUGUAGGCAUGAUAAGAUAUCAGAUGCCAAAUCAUUCCUUAGCAACCUUCCUCAGCUUCAUCCUGGAAUAUCUAAACAAGAACAACAAAGACUGCUAGAACUGUUGGCUAAGCACACUUCGAGAGGUAGAGGUUGAAUAUCAAAUGUUUGUAUUUGUGAGUAUGACAAGUAGAUAUAACAGUUUUCUUAGUUGUCAUUAGCAACUUGUACUUCAUAGUGGAUAUGUACAGAUUGCGUUUCUCUGAAGAAAAAUCGAGAGAACCACUAAGAUACAUUUAGUUUCUCCACUUAAUGUGCUGGAUUGUACAUGUGCUGGAAGUUUUCCCUGUAACCAGUACAUACAUAUUUAUGUGUUUCCUAAUCUGGCAA